AUGCUUUUCAAACGGAGAGCCAGGAUGCUGAGAGGGUUGGCGUGCGGCCGGGUGGGUCCGCUUUGGAUGUGGAAAGCGCUCCUGCUCUUCGGGGCUGUCAUUUUCACAGGACAACUACUGGUAAUCAUCUUCAGCAAGAGCGACCAGCAGGUCGCUCACUCCGUCUUCUCCUCCCCUGAUGCCCGGGGCCCGGCUUUGGGGCCUUGCCAGCCCCACAACCACAUCAUGUUCCUCAAGACUCACAAGACUGCCAGCAGCACCGUGCUCAACAUGCUGUAUCGUUUCGGAGAAGAGCGCGGUCUCCGUUUCGCCCUGCCGCUGGGCUACCAGCUGGGCUACCCGCUGCCCUUCAACGCCCACAGAGUCAAGGGAUACCGGGGGCCUAGAGUCGUGGAGUUCCACAUUAUGGCCAAUCACAUGAGAUUUCAAAAAGCAGAGGUGGAGAAGGUGAUGCCCGCCGAUACCUUCUACUUCUCCAUCAUCAGGGAUCCUCUGGCUCUGGCCGAGUCGUCCUUCGCCUAUUACAAAGAAGUGGCGCCGGCUUUCCGGAAGGCAAAAGGCCUGGGCGACUUUGCGGACAACGCGGGUAAAUACUACGACCCCCACGCCCGCAACAACCACUACGCCCGCAACUUGCUGUGGUUCGACUUCGGCUUGGACCACAAUGCUAACUUCUCAGAGGGGCUGGCACGGCACGGCGAGGCGGCGGUGCGCCGGGCCUUCAAGCUGGUCCUAGUGUCAGAGUUCUUCGACCAAUCCAUGAUACUCCUACGCCACGUUCUGUGCUGGCCCCUGGACGCCGUGGUGUCCUUCAGCCUGAACGCGCGGCAGCAGAAGCCGGACGCGUUCGGCGACAGGCGGAUGGGGAAGAUCCGCGGCCCCAAAGCGCCGCCCGAUCUGGUCCUAACCGAGGAGCAGCGGGAGAAGCUGCGCCGGUGGAACGCAUUGGACUGGCACUUGUACCAAGCCUUCAACCGGACCUUCUGGCGGGAAGUGGACGCCUUCGGAUUGGCGCGGAUGGAACGGGAGGUGACUCUGCUGCGGAGUCGGCGCGAGGCUCUCGCCGGGGUCUGCCUGAGGGACGGCGGCAAGCCCGUUGAGGCCCACCGCAUCCGGGAUAAAACCAUCAGGCCCUAUCAGAGCGGCUUCGGGAAGAUUCUGGGCUACGAGCUGAGGCCGGGGUUGGACAACGUCACCAGGACCGCCUGCCUGAGGAUGAUCAUGCCCGAGAUUCAGUACAAAGACGCGCUAGACGCCAAACAAUUCCCCAGGGUGCAGGCGCCACAGGCCCCGCCGCCAGGACAGCGGAGCUCCGUGCCCAACUCUUGA